AUGGAACUUGAGAGUUUUGAUGUGACUGGACCUUUGGAACCAAUUCCAAUGCCACGUGAUGCUAAUGAUGAAGAAGAGAAAGAUCCUGGACCAAAAACAAUCAUUUCUACGUUAAGUACUUUGUACCCUGAUUUUGUGACCUUAGUGAAAGUUGCUAAUACAUCAAGAAAGAACAAUAAUAUUAAUAUGUCUGGUACUGAUGACCUUACUGAUUAUCUUUAUCUCAUUCUUGCUGAAUUAGCGAAGAAAGUUGAGGAGAACAAAAAUAAUGGAGGAAGAACUGCACUUAAGAUUGCAGACAAAGCUGACAAAAGUUAUGUUGACGAAGAGAUACGUAAAGUUGCAUCUAAAGAAUAUACUUUAUCACAGUCUGUCAUACUUAAGACAAUCAAAGGUCCAGAGAAAGAUAUGUACCCAGGUGAUGGUACAACAGUUAAAGUUAAUGAAAGAGUUUCAUUCCCAUCUGGUAUUGAUACAAAAGAAGUAUAUAUUAAUGGUGAAAACAUCAAUACAACAUUGUUUCCUUUGAAAAAUAAUGAGUUCACUGAACCUUUGACAGUUAAAUCAAUUCGUUCAAGAGAAGACAAACCUGUUAUAAUCAAUAAAAUAGGAGCUGAUAAUGACCAACCAGUUCAAAUCAAGAAAAUAAGAGCUGAUGACAUUAUCUUGAACUAUACUUUAGGUUCAAGUGCUCCACAAGAAGAUCCAAGCACUAGCGUAAAAGAUACUCUUAACAGUUUAGAUAGUAAAUGUACGAACAUUGAAGGUCAUGCCAGAAACUUCGAAGUAUAUGAACUACCAGCAAUGUUAGAUAAGAAAGCUGACAAGAACCAUGUUCAUUAUAUAAGUUCAGAUGAACAGAUUAUAACGGACUACCACGGAUAUUUAACACAGGGUGAAAAAGUGAAUACGAAAAAUGUUAAUGAAAGAAGAUAUAAAUUCAUUCGUGCUAAAGGUUAUGACAUACACUGUACUGUACAGUAUGACACAGGUAUAGCACCACAAUCAUUUGGUUAUAACGCUGAAAUUUAUGCUUCAUACUUCUUUGUUAACGGUGUAUUAGUUGAGCCAAGAUUUAGGUUGAGAGUUAAGGCAAAAAUAACCGUUGAAGAUGCUAUUAAAAGUAAAGCUGACAAAGAUGAACUUGACGCAACGAACAAAGUUUUGAAAUCUCAUAAACACAAUAUCUCCGACAUAAAUUCACUUCAAACUUCUUUAGACAACAAAGCAGACAAAACUUAUGUUAAUGAACAGAUCUCAAAGAUCUCUAAUGCAUCUGUAAACAAUGGAAUACCUGAAAGCAUUACAGUUAGCUUUGGUAAUAAUGAUAUGGGUAAAGUUGCAAUAUUUAUAAAUUAUAACAUUGGUCCAUCAGAAAAAGGUCCAAGUUACUAUACAUUGAGUCAUGGUAAAUCUAUUGAACUUGUGUUCCACAAAAAAGAUGGAACAAACUUAACUAUUCAUCCUGGAGAUACGUUUGAGUUUUAUUUGAACGAUGUCACCACAGUAGAUUAUACUUAUAGACCUUCUAACAUGUUUGACAUGAUGUAUCCAAUUGGUUCUAUAUUUACAUCAAUGAGCUCAACAAGCCCGCAAACCCUUUAUGGAGGUGUUUGGCAACCGAUUGUUGAUCAGUUUCUUUACUGUUCUAACUCAUCAAUGGACUUUGGUGGUUCAAAGACUAUCAGAGUUGAAAACCUUCCACCACACUCCCAUAGGUUCAGUGCAACAACAUCUACUAAUGGAGAGCAUUCACAUUCAAUGACAAAAAGAGGUUAUACAAAUCUUGCAGCAGGUUCUGAUAGACAAGGUAUGAAUAGAUAUGAUAUCACAGAUGACCCUAGAGAUGUUAGUACAGGUAUUUUCUGCGGAUCUGCAGGAAACCAUACUCACACAGUAGCUGGAAUCACAGAUGCAACAGGAAAAGGUCAAGACUUCUUACCACCAUUUAUGACUGUAUUCGCUUGGUUCAGAGCUGCUUAA